GGUGGAGGUGGCAGUUUGAGUAUUUUAUGGCAUUGUCUGAGAAGGCCUGACUGAGCAAGUGGUCCUGCUGAAGUGAGGUAAUGCACCAUGUGGGCACCUGAAGGGGAAACUAGGUCAGACAGAGAGAAGAGUCCAGUACAAGGCCCUGAGCCAGGAGGUCAGAGAAAUGAUGGUGAGAAGUUCGAGUGUGUCAACCCUUCAGACAGACCUGUGAGCAGAGAGAUAGCAUGACCCUACCACGACUGAAAGGGUCACUCUGCUCCCCCACCUCCACCCCCUAGACUCAGCUCUGCAGGAGCCGGAGGAAGACAGAGGAGAGAGAAAGGGCCUCUGUCUGUAGAUGAUGACAAAGGUGACAACAGAAUAGACAGAGCUGGUGGGAAGUACUGAACUCCAAGUCUCUCUUUUAUAGUGUUUGUGUGUGCUCGUGUGUGCUCUCAAGUGGAGGUCAAAGGGCAGGAACGGGAGUUGGAUCUCUCCUUCCACCCUGUGGUUUCUGUGGCCUGAACUUGGGACAUCAGGCUUGGUGGCAGGCGCCUGCAGCGGUCCCCAUAUAUAAUUUGAAGUGGGCACUGGUAUUUGCCAACAGACCGGAUACCUCUGAGGUUUAUGGUCGGAACUUGGUCAUGUUUCCUGGGACUUGUGGAAACUGCGUUUGAAGCGAGGCAUGCCUCGUGCUCUUGGAGGCCAGAAGAGGGCAUCAGAUCCUCCGGAACUGAAGUUAGAGGUGUUUAUGAGCUACCAUGUGGAUGCUGGGAACAGAACCCUGGUCCUCUGUGAGAGCAGCCAGUGCUCUUGACCCUGUUGUUUUCUGAGACAUGGGCUUGCUAUGUAGUCCUUAUGUUCCCAGGCUGGCCUUGAACUUGCGGCAAUCCUCCCGCUUUAGCCUCUCAGGCACAGGCAUUUGGAAGAUGCUCAUAGCGGCAAUGUGCUUGGCCCUUCUGGGCUGCCUACAGGCGCAGGAAUUCAAGGGACAUGUGUCCAUAGUCCUGCUGGGAGCAACUGGGGACCUAGCUAAGAAGUACCUGUGGCAGGGACUGUUUCAGCUCUACCUGGAUGAGGCUGGGAAGGGCCACAGUUUCAGCUUCCAUGGGGCUGCCCUCACGGCCCCGCAGCAAGGCCAGAAGCUCAUGGACAAAGCCUUGGAAUCCCUCUCCUGCCCCAAGGACUUGGUACCCAGCCAAUGUGAUGAACUCAAGGGCCAGUUUCUACAGCUGAGCCACUACCGCCAGCUGAAGACAGCCGAGGACUAUCAGACUCUGAACAAGGACAUCGAGACCCAGGUCCUGCAGGAUGGGCUCUGGGAGGCUGGCAGGAUCUUCUAUUUCUCCGUGCCCCCCUUCGCCUAUGCAGACAUUGCCCGCAACAUUAACAGCAGCUGCCGACCACACCCGGGUGCCUGGCUGCGGGUUGUUCUUGAAAAACCCUUUGGCCAUGACCACCUCUCAGCCCAGCAGCUGGCUUCAGAACUUGGAAGCUUUUUCCAGGAAGAAGAGAUGUACCGGGUAGACCAUUACCUGGGCAAGCAGGCCGUGGCUCAGAUCCUGCCCUUCCGAGAUCAGAACCGCAAGGCCUUGGAUGGCCUCUGGAACCGGCACCACGUGGAACGGGUGGAAAUCAUCUUGAAGGAGACCGUGGAUGCAGAAGGUCGUGCCAGUUUCUAUGAGGAGUACGGCGUCAUCCGGGACACCCUGCAGAACCACCUGACGGAGAUCCUCACGCUGGUGGCCAUGGAGCUGCCCCACAACGCCAGCAGCUCGGCCGCUGUGCUGCAGCAGAAGCUGCAGGUCUUCCGGGCUCUGCGGGGGCUGCAGAAGAGCAGCUCUGUCCUGGGCCAGUACCAGGCCUACAGCGGGCAGGUGCGCCAGGAGCUGCAGAAGCCAGACAGCUUCCAGAGCCUGACGCCGACCUUCGCAGGUGUCCUUGUCCACAUUGGCAGCCCGCGCUGGGAGGGUGUGCCAUUCAUCUUGGUGUCCGGCAAGGCCUUGGACGAGAGAGUGGGCUACGUUCGGGUCUUGUUUAAGAAUCAGGCCUACUGCACCCAGAGCGAGGGACGCUGGGUGUCUGCGCAGAGCCGGUGCCUGCCCCAGCAGAUUGUCUUCUACAUUGGACAUGGCGAGCUGGGCCACCCCGCCAUCCUGGUCAGCAGGAACCUGUUCAAGCCUUCCCUGCCCUCUCAGAGCUGGAAGGAGGUGCAGGACCAGCCCGGGCUCCGCCUCUUUGGUCGUCCUCUGUCUGAUUACUAUGCCUAUAGACCCGUGCGGGAGCAAGACGCCUACUCCACCCUCCUGUCUCACAUCUUCCACUGCCGGAAGGAGUCCUUCAUCACCACAGAGAACCUGCUGGCCUCCUGGGUCUUCUGGACCCCCCUACUGGACAGCCUGGCCCUCGAAGUUCCACGCGUCUACCCAGGCGGGGCAGAGAACGGCUGCCUGCUGGACUUCGAGUUCAGUGGUGGUCAGUUGUCCUUCUCCCAGCAGCAGCUGGAGGUGCUGAUACCGGGGCUAGCGUCAGCCCCAAAGCCCAGCGACUUCCAGGUCCUCAGGGCCCAGUACAGACAGAGCCCGCUGAUCACUGCCUGGCCGGAGGAGCUGAUCUCUCAGCUGGCCAGUGACAUCGAGGCCACUGCGGUGCAGGCGGUACGACGCUUUGGCAAGUUCCACCUGGCCCUGUCAGGCGGCUCGAGCCCCAUAGCCCUCUUCCAGCAGCUGGCCACGGGGCAUUACAGCUUCCCCUGGGCCCACACACACCUCUGGCUGGUUGAUGAGCGCUGUGUCCCCCUCUCCGAUCCAGAGUCCAACUUCCAGGGCCUCCAGGCUCACCUGCUGCAGCACGUCAGGGUGCCUUACUACAACAUUCACCCCAUGCCCGUGCACCUGCGCCAGCGCCUUUGCGCUGAGGAGGACCAGGGCGCCCAGGCCUACGCCAGCGAAAUCUCCGCCCUGGUGGCCAGCAGCAGCUUUGACCUGGUUCUGCUGGGCAUGGGCACCGAUGGGCACACGGCUUCCCUGUUCCCGCAGUCACCCACUGGCCUGGAUGGCGACGAGCUGGUGGUGCUGACGGAGAGCCCCUUGAGGCCACACCAGCGCAUGAGCCUCAGCCUGCCCCUCAUCAACCGAGCCAAGAAAGUAGCUGUCCUGGUCAUGGGGAGGACAAAACGGGAGAUCACCAUGUUGGUCAGCCGUGUGGGCCAUGAGCCCAAGAAGUGGCCCAUCUCAGGGGUGCUGCCUCUCUCUGGGCAGCUGGUUUGGUACAUGGAUUAUGAGGCCUUUCUGGGAUGACAGGAGCAUCCUGAGCUUAGUCACCCUCAGGCUUUCUGUCACCUACCCAGUUGUGCCCCAGCUGUCUGGAGCCUUGUGCCAGAGUCCAGAGAAGGGAGGACAAAACUCUGUCUCAGCUUCAUGGUUCUGUGUAAUUACAGUGCCUAAGCAUGGAAACAGAACUCAGACCUCUGCUCUGAAAAUGCCUCAAAGCCCAGACAGGAGAGGAACUAAGGCCCCUCACAGUCACACACCAGUGUCUACAACACAAAAUAAGACAGGAGGAACGCUCCAUGCUAAAGAACCAAAGUGGUGUGCAAGACUGCUCGGUGAUCUUUGAACUGGCUUCUGUGGGAAGAGGGUGAAGAGUUAGUUGGUUAAAGAGAAGGCUGCAGAGACUGCUGGGGAUUGUAGUGCCCUCGGUGCCAGGCAGGAAGAGCAGAAACGGUGCUGAGACUGCACUGGGCGGCCUGCCUGCUCUGGCAUCCCUUCAUCCCUCUGUACCUGCUCUGGGUUGGACAUCUGCUGUCCUCUGCAUUCCCCGUUACCCCUUAGCCUCUCCCUCUAUACAGACACAGACACUGCCAUGUCAAAAAGAUUCCCCCAAAUCUAAAGACCAGGGCUCCCUUUUUUCCCACUGAGAACUGUUCUGGUGUCGCUGGGCCACUGGCUCUGCUCCUGGGUGACUGCAGCUCACAGCCUCUUUCUAGGCCUCUGUGGCCAGUUCCCAGCACCAGGGCGGACUGCAGCUCGCUCUCCUCACACUACCUCUUGGAGCUUCAAGCCUCGUGGCUGAUUUCCUCUGCCAGUGUCUCCAACCUCAUGCCACCAACCGAGUACCACUGGGAACACUAUAGGCAGCUCCUAACUUCAGCCUCCUCCAGGGCCUCAGAAUUUAAAUUUUUAUUUUAAAAGAAAGCCAACAGCAGAAAGCAAGCUUUUCAGGGCAUACGGUUUUCGUUUUGGCUUCCUGUUAAGUCAUAUGAACAAGGAAGGGUGCAGAAGGGUUAGGAUGGCCCCUGCCUCGUGGUCACAUUCUUUGUCAGUAACACAGUCUCGAUGGCUUUCAGAAUUUUCCCAGAGAGGGCCUUUUAUCUGGUGAGGAGCAUCAGAAAAUCUUUCUCUGCUUUCCAUUGAUUGUACUUUCUCCCAGGCAGUUCAUGAGAAAGAAUUCUUGCUUUCAGUAGAGAUGUGUGCACAGAGGGUAGCCUGAGCUGGAGUUCUGCAUGAAAAGCACUCUUGUUGAAAUUCUGCUUACUCUGGCCUCCAGCGACCCCGACUGACAGAACACCUCUAUUCCAAGAGAGCUACACUGGGCAUGAUGAAAGCCCUGGGGUCCUUCCCUGGCCAGCUUUGCUCAAGGUCGGUGGCAGGUAGUUGCCGGUGAAGUUCCAGCUUUGGCCAUGUGGGGGAGCCCACAUGCCACCACUCACAUUCCACACUGGAGGCAGGCUUAGUGCCAAACUUUGUGUCUCAUGCUGUCUGCCUCUCUGGCUUCUUAGCCCCAGUGCCUUCUCAUCUGUUCUUGAAGGACUCAGCCCUCAGCAGUUGCAACAUCGGAGAUGAAGGGGCCUUGCAUGCCUUAGGGGAGAGGGUGAACAGGCUUUGUGUCAGGGUUGUGAAUAAGAGUGCCCAGUGUGAGCUUAGAAUGUUCUGUUCUUACCCAGAAGAGUGACUCGCCUCUAUCUGUGGGGCGUGUGCACAGGGGAGGCCAGUGUGGGGAAAUACUGAAGAUUUCCUUUCCGGAAGCAGGCACUAAUAAAAGACAAAGGAAAGGUUGGCGGGAGACAUUGUCUUUCUGCAUGCACACGUGUGCCCUUUUUCCUUCUGCCCCCGGGGUUGCUCAUGUUCAGGACCACCAAGGCUGCUGCUGCUCAGACCUCCUGGACCAUCAUCCACGGCCAGCAGUGUGCUCUACCACACCAGCCAGUCACAUACGUGUAUAAAUGUGUCUUGAGUCUCAGGGAAGGAGUUCUCAGCCUUAAGACCUGGGAUACCCUGUUUUUUAUUUUUCAUUUUAAAAAAAAAUGUUGCUUGCAAACCACAUACGUUGAGUUGAUAACAGUGUGAAGAACCCAGCCUUUGCCAGCUUCCUGCCUGUCAGGAAGUGGAGGUCUGAGGUUGGGAGGAGAAGGGCUCAUGGCCAGGUCCCUGGGGAGAGGGGGACGUAUGGCUACUUUGUAUCUGGGACACAGCCUUUCCUCUCUGAAGUCCACUUCCACUUCAGGCUGCCCAGGGAAGUGAGGCCCCUGCAGCCGUGCUCAGCUCUGGGCUCGCAGGCUUUCAUCCUGGGCUGGCCCACGCCCCGGCUGGGAUCCCGCUAACCGCAUCCUCUUCACUCUCCCUUGGAGAGAGGGACAAGAGUGAUGAAACUGGAAGCAGAAGCCUGCACUGGCUUUGGUGGCUCUUGCGUGUCCCUGUGUCCUGACAGGCACGUGCUAAACACCAUGCAUAGGAUCACCUUGUCCUGUUUGACAGCCCAGCAUGCUGCAUGCUGGGACCUCAGUAACUGAUGAUAUGAAGCUGGAAAGAUGUCCAGGGGCAGCCAGGAACUGCCUGUUACAUUCUAGAGCCUAUUCCCAGCAGCCUGUGGGGCCUGUUCUUUUUCAGGGGACCCAGGAGGGCCUCACAUGGCAGAUGCAGGUUCCCUGGCUGGCCCACAGUUCCACCAUGGGAAGGACGUAGAGGUGUGUGAAAGGCAGGAGUCCUCCUCGGGGUGGCAUGCUGCUCAGCAUCUCCAGGCUUGUGAGGGCUUCUGGAGGCCGCAGGCUAGGUUUUGAUCUCCAGUCCUUGGCAAAUGUUCCUGCUAAUUGCACCUUAAAUGUUCCCAUCUUGUUACCUUCUUGCGUUUAUGAUUUUUUAAUUUAUGUGCACGUUUUGCCUGCACGUGUGUCUGUUGAGGGUAUCAGAUCUUCUGGAACUGAGUCACAGUUGUGAGCCACCUUGUGGGUGCUGGGAAUUGAACCCAGGUUCUCUGGAAGAGCAGCCAGUGCUCUUAACUGCUGAGGCAUCUCCCUAGCCCCAAAUUACUGCUUAUUAUUGUUCUAUAGUCACUACUCUUUUCUCACUUUUGGUCCCAAAAUUAUCAGUGGACUCGGAGCUUCCUGCCGCUUGGACUGGUUUCUGAGACCUUUUCCCUCAGGGAGAGGCUUGCUCUUCCCAGGUCUCUUGUUGCUUAGUUUCCCUCUUUCCUCAAUUCUGACCGAGAGCCAGGGCUGUGCGGUGGAAAAGGGAAUGAAGAAACUUCAGAAAAUCUUAGUGGGACUGCUUCUUGGAAUUUAGUUUUCAGAAACUUUUUUUUUUUGUCUUUUGCUCUCCUACAAAGUGUGUGGCCCUACAGAGGGGCUCUGCUGGGGAGCCCAGCUGUAUUUUUAUCUUCAGCAGCUGUGGCUCCUACAGGCCUUUUUCCACUGGUAGAAACAGCACCAGGCAGCAUUCCAGCAUGAGGGAACCAGUCACAGGUGGUAGGAAAGGAGGGCCGAGUUGGUUGGCCGAAGUGGUUACCACCUGCCUGCUCUGAGAAUGACUCUCCAGAGGAACCCGGAUGGGGCUGCUGCUUUCCACUCUCUUCUUCCUGAACCCAGCUCUCCGGCAGCAGCUCUGCACCAGUGUCUCGGGCCUCAAGGUUGUGCUGUGGCCCAGGAACCUUGGCACUUAAAGAUGUGCUCGUGGCUUGGUUUGGUAGCCCUUAUCCAUGGGGGGAAAGAUUGCGCUUGGAAGUUAGUCAGAACCCAGCCUGAAAUAGUUAAUCGGGGUGCCUCGUGUUGUGUCUGGGCCCAUUUUAAUUGCAGUCAUUGGGGAUGCCCAGCAGAAGAUGAGAUCGGUUCGCUGCUGACUGGGCUCUGCCUAGGCUUAACCCUGAGCCCAUCCGAAGCUGGCCCGAGCUUGGCAGCACAGUCUGCCGGUGCAGAAGAUUCAAUUGGUUGCAUGCUUGUCCUUUGCUUCUCAUGCUGCAUCCCCUGGGGGUGGGAGAGGCUUUUCUGCCUCCUGCCCUUUCUACGCUGGAGCAGAACUGGCCUCUGGGUAGUGAUUCCUUGCAAGGAUGUGGCCCCUGAGAAGGAGAGCAGGAACCAAACCGUAAUGUAUUCCUGGAAGAUGCACGAGGCAGAUGUCUUCCAGGAACACCAAACCCUGCCGUCGGCGAGCUCCUCACACCCACUGCAGGCUCCUCACAGCUAGAGGUGGGUGAGAGGCGCCCGAUGAUCUUUCAGCUCCUAGCUGAGCAAGGUGUCAGUCCACCACUGCCACCAGCACGCGGUUUUCUGGCAAGGGCUCUGAGGAUGCCUUGCUGGGUCUAGAAGCCACGGGGAUGGGGAUGGCUUGGAAGGUUUCUUCCCAGUCAGUCAACACUGGGAGCUUAUUUGCAGGUCUCAGGGGAUGUGCAUGUCUGUGUGUGAGCAUAAAAAGGAUCUCAGGUUAAUGACACUGUGUUUGUUCUUUGACCUCCAGGUCUGAGCUUUGUUAAAGCCCUGUGUUGCUUCAACGGCAGGUGUUUUAAAGGAA